CAAUAUGUGGGUGAUGCUGUUCAACAACAGCUGGGGAAAUCUGAGCGCCUCGCGUUCUAUAUUACAUCUAUAUCAUCUCCUACCAGUGCACACCAUCCCUAUAGAGGCGAGAAAAACGCGGAAAACGACACUAAUCAUGCACAGAGUUGCAGCAAAACGAGGAAGAAGGUACACCGGUGAAAACAGUCACCAGUCAGAGUGGGACGAUGUGCUGCCUGUACCUAAACUCAGCUUCUCUGUGGCAUCUGUCCUCGUCUUCUGUCUGGCGGUGCUGUGUUUCGCGCACAGCUAUGACGGGGAGUUUGUGUUUGACGACUUACGGGCCAUCACCAACAAUAGGGAUAUAUUACCCGACACUCCAUUCACAGCGAUAUUUUCACACGAUUUCUGGGGACAGUUGUUGGAUGAAAAGAGUCACAAGUCAUACAGGCCAAUUACUGUGAUGACCUACAGGUGGAACUACGCUUGGGCAGGAGGACUUCAUCCUCGGGGCUUCCACGUUGUCAACAUCGUCCUGCACGGCUUGGUCUCGGUCAUCUUCCUGGCAGUAUUCUCUGUCCUCAUGUCUGGUUACCAGGUUGACCAGGAAUCUGCCAGGCCGGUGUUUGCCUCGCCCCGAGCUGCCCUCCUGUGUGCUGUGUUGUUUGCUGUACAUCCAAUCCACACUGAAAGUGUAGCAGGGAUCGUGGGUCGGGCUGACCUGCUGUGUGCCUUGACCUUCCUUCUAUCGUUCCUUCUGUACGCCAGGGCCUGCCUCUCACCUCCAUGCUUGGUCAGCUACCGUCCCGAGUCCUUCUCUCUGGUGUCUGUACUGGCCAGUAUGUGUCUGUGUGUCGUGUCAUUGAUCUUUCAUAUUUCAGCUCCAUGCUUGGUCAGCUACCGUCCCGAGCCCUUCUCCAUGGUGUCUAUACUGGCCAAUUCAUGCUUGGCCAGCUACCGUCCCGAGUCCUCCCUGGUGUCUAUACUAGCCACUUCAUGCUUGGUCAGCUACCGUCCCGAGUCCUUCUCCCUGGUGUCUAUACUGGCCAGUAUGUGUCUGUGUGUCGUGUCCACCUUCUGUAAGGAACAGGGCAUCACUGUCAUAGGCGUAUGCAGUGUGUUUGACAUCAUUGUUGUGUGCCGCGUCAAUCCUUUCAAGUGGUUGCCCGAUAUGAAAUGUGUGUUUGUCACACAUUGUGCCAAGAGCAAGGACAUUGCUCCAUGGAGAAAAAGUCUCAUCAAGCGUCACCUCGUCCUAAUCCUGACCGGCGUGUCACUCCUCAUCACUCGAAUAAGGAUCAUGGGUUCAACAACACCCAUAUUCUCAGAGAAUGAAAAUCCACAUUCAUUUGUCAAUGACACAAUAUCAAAAAUUUUGAAUUACAACUACCUUUAUGCAAUGAACUCUUGGCUGCUGUUGAAUCCCUGGUGGCUGUGUUAUGAUUGGUCGAUGGGUUGUGUACCUGUCAUCACCUCAUUGGAUGAUCUCAGAAUACUGGCAGUGAUAGCUCUCUGGGCUGGGUUUGGCGCCUUGUUGCAUUGCUGUUUCCAUGGAGAACUCACACAGGAUCGAAGGAUCCUGAUAACGUCCCUGGCAGUGUUGGGAGUUCCCUUCCUGCCAGCCAGCAACCUGUUUUUCCGUGUGGGCUUUGUGAUCGCUGAGAGGAUUCUGUACCUGUCCUGUGCUGGCUUCUGUAUGUUGGUGGUGCUCGGGGCCAGAGAAAUCUGCCUUCGUCUACAUAAUAACAAUAAAAAGUACAUGUCAGCGGGAUUAACGCUCCUUACAGUGAUAUUUCUGAUACGUUCAUCUCAAAGAAGCAAGGAAUUUACUGAGGAAUUAACCUUGUAUACAUCGGCUGUCAAAGUCUGUCCCCUGAAUGCCAAGGUUCACUACAAUAUUGGAAAAAUGCAGCAGGACAUCAACACUGACAUUGCCACCAGUGAAUACAGACUGGCUCUGAUGUUGAACCCGAGGUAUGUCUCUCCGUUGAUCAACCUAGCAAUCAUACUCAGGAAGAGGGGAGACGCACUGGAGGCCGAGAAACUUCUGGAGACAGCUGUUAGUGUCAGGAAUGGCAGCGUUGAUGCUUGGAUGAACCUGGGUGUUGUACAGUUGGAACUGAAGAAGAACGACUCGGCUGUUGCCAGCCUCACUGAAUCGGUCAGACUCGACAACAUGUGCACAGAGUGCUACUUCAACCUAGGAAAUAUGUACCGAGACUUCGGCCGUCCUACAGAUGCCAUCGCUGCUUGGCAGAGAGCAACACAGAUUAGCCCGACAUCGAAAGGGAGCUGGAGAAACUACCUUCUGCUGUUAGAGGACCUGGAGAAGUACGACAAAGCUAUUGAGGUGGGAAAGGAAGCACUGAAGGCACUGCCACGUGAAAUGGACCUGAUGUUUAGUGUGGCCAAUACUUACAUCAUGGUGGAUAAGUUCCAGGAAAGUGAGGACUUGUUCCUGGCUGGACUACAGAUAGACCCACACAGCGCCAGGUUCCAUCACAACCUAGGUGUGAUGUACUUCCGGUGGGGAAAAUACGAGAAGGCCAAGAACUCAGUAACACAGGCCCACCAGCUGGCACCACACGAUGCUACCAUCAGUUCCAACCUUCAGUUGAUUAAUAGAGAGCUUGAGGAAAGCAGGAAGUCUAGAUUGCCUUGAACAAUUCUCCUGAACAUGAAUACCAUUCUUGUUUUUGGUUGAAGCAAAGCAACAGAAGCAGAGGAUACGGAGACAAUAAACUUUUUACAUCUAA